AUGGCAGCUCUCGCCAGCUCUCUCAUUAGACAGAAACGGGCGGUCAAGGACGACCAAGCCAACCGGCCGGUAGCCAACAAGCGCAAACCUUGUCCUAAGAGCAACAAGUCCUUGUGCCAGAAACAGAUCCUGGUCCUGAUCUCCAAAGUACGACUAUGCGGGGGUCGAAAAGGUCGAAACGACAAAAGACCGGAGCCACAGCUGAAAGGCAUUGUUACCCGGCUAUAUAGCCAACAUGGAUAUUAUCUGCAGAUGCAGCCUGACGGCACCAUGGACAGCACAAGGGAUGAAAGCAGCUCAUUUUCACAGUUCAACUUAAUUCCAGUGGGACUGCGGAUCGUGGCAAUCCAGGGGGCAAAGACAGGGUUGUACCUUGCCAUGAAUAGUGAAGGAUACCUCUACACCUCGGAGCACUUCACUCCGGAGUGUAAGUUCAAGGAGAGUGUGUUUGAGAACUACUACGUUACAUAUUCCUCCAUGCUGUAUCGCCAGACCCAGUCUGGCCGCUCCUGGUAUAUCGGUAUCAAUCGUGAUGGCCAGGUCAUGAAGGGCAACCGGGUAAAGAAGACCAAAGGAGCUGCACACUUCCUGCCUAAAGUUAUAGAGGUUGCGAUGUACAAGGAGCCAUCACUACAUGAGCUCACCAGUGAACCAGUGAGUCCUCCUCGGAAGGCAGUGAAGACGUCAGAAUCGCCUUCCCUAAAGAACGGACAGAAAGAAGCUCCCAAGGCUGAUGCCUCAUAG